AUGGUUUAUCCGGCUGGCAUUCAGCAGCCCAAACCGAAGCUCGCGCGAUCUCUUCACCAUAGACUUCUUACCCCACCACUCGACAUCUGGAACCUCUCGCCCGAACAGCGCCAAUCCCUCCAAACCGCGCUUCUAGAAUGCUGCUGGUGCACACUCUCCUUCAUGCGGCGCUGCCAACGUGACUACAUGUACCAUGUCAUCCGCCAUCAACGCAGCCAGCUCCAGCUCCGCUUCGACCCGGACGCCGAAGCCCAGCUCGCGCAUCUAGACCCCUUCUUCACCGGCCUCUCGCACGCCGACCGCCCAAGCAACAGCAAGGGCGACGUGAUCAUCCCCUCGCGUGCCCCGGACGGCAGCCGCCGUAAACUCGCUCUCUGGUUCCACCGCGGCGCAGUGCAGAUCCGGCCCCCGCGCGAGAUCUUCAUCGAAGACGACGUCUUCCGGCUGCCCUGCUCCAGCGCCAUAGCGCCCGGCCGCAUUCCGAACAAGCUCCUCCGAGAGCCGUGGACGAAUGACAAGCUCGAGUUCCUGGAGCUGCUUUCGGCGGACUUUUAUUUGCCGGAGGCGGAGGGGCUGCGCGAAAAUAUCUUGGCCAAGAUGAUUCGCAAGCGCCAGAUUUCGCCCUUUCGGAGGCUGAUGCGGAUGAAGUUUCGGACGGCAGAGUGUCGGGUUCCUCAGGGUUGGCCGGUGCCGAAAUUAAUCUACCCGCUUGUGCGGAAGUAUGGGGAUGGGCCGGGGAUGGGAGAUCCGUUUGCGCUUUUCUUGCUGGAUGAGCGGUGGGAGGAUAUUGCAGAGGCUGCGAAGGAUAAGUUGAUUCAAUAUGUCAAUGUUGAAUAUGGCUAG